GGCAAAGUGUUGCGGCCGCCGCCAUUUUCUUGAGCCGCCUGUCUCGAGUGCCGCCAUGUUGGUGAGGAGAAAUCACCGUUACUGCCACAGUCCAAAUCCCCUCGUCGCUGCACUGCCGCCCGCCCGCUCCCACGCCACAGCCUCCGGCGGUGAAUAGAGACUAGAGCGGCAGCGCGGGGCCGUGGCCCAGUGUUUGCAGUUAGAGCCCCAUCUCUCUGGCGUGCUUGUUAAUAGACUGGAAAGUCUGUGUCUGUGUCGCUCACUAGUAACCGUGAGUUUUUACCACUUCGGCACCCGUCGGCGGCGGCCGGGAGCAGGUACCUGCCGGCGGCGCAGGGGUCCUCCCCGUGCCCCGCCGCCGCCGCCGCCGCCGGCCUCCAGACCUGCCCUCCAGCCCCGCCCCGUUCUUGACCAAACAUGACAGACUCUGAACAUGCAGGGCACGACAGAGAAGAUGGUGAAUUAGAAGAUGGUGAAAUAGACGAUACAGGAUUUGAAGAAACACAAGAUAAGGAAGCAAAAGAGAAUGAAAAGCAGAAAAAUGAGAAAGCCUAUAGAAAAUCAAGAAAAAAACACAAGAAGGAAAGAGAAAAGAAGAAAUCAAAAAAAAGAAAACAUAAGCAUAACUCCCCAUCUAGUGAUGGUAGUUCAGACUACAGUCUUGAUUCAGAUGUUGAACAUACAGAAAGUUUCCAUAGAAAAAGAUCUGGUUUCUACAGGGAUUAUGACAUUCCAUUUUCUCAGCAUGGACAUAUAUCAGGGAGCCAUGGGUCACUGAAGAAGAGUCCACAUAACAAAAAGUUUAAAAAUAAGGAAUAUGAUGAGUACAGCACCUACAGUGAUGACAACUUUGGUCACUACAGUGAUGACAACUUUGGCUACAUCCAGGAAGCAGAGGAAGAUUUUUCCAGUCUGAAACACUACAGACAAGCUAAAGAAUCCUCAAAUAGUACUUCAGGGUCAUCAUAUUCUAAAGAUGCAGGGAAAAAACAGAGAACAAAAGGAAGUCAGCAAGGUACUGAAUAUCGGGUUAAAAGCUUUAAUAUUGGUCAUGGGCGUGGUAUGCCGAAAAAAAUCAAACGAAAAGACCGUGGAGGAAGAGUCAGUAAAGGGCCUAAUGUCUUUUCAGGAAUGGAUGACUUUCAAGAGUAUAGUAAACCUAUGAAAAAAUGGAAGGUUAUGACUCAGGAGUUUAUUAACCAGCACACAGUGGAACACAAAGGAAAACAAAUCUGCAAGUACUUCCUGGAAGGGAGAUGUAUUAAGGGAGAUCACUGCAAAUUUGAUCAUGAUGCUGAGUUGGAGAAGAGAAAAGAGAUCUGCAAAUUUUAUUUACAGGGAUUUUGUACCAAAGGAGAGAACUGCAUCUAUAUGCAUAGUGAAUUUCCAUGUAAGUUUUACCACAGUGGAGCAAAAUGUUACCAAGGAGACAACUGUAAAUUUUCUCAUGAUGAGCUGACCAAGGAAACAAAGAAACUUUUAGACAAAGUGUUGAAUGCUGAUGAAGAACUCAUCAAUGAAGAUGAAAGAGAAUUAGAAGAACUUAGAAAGCGUGGCAUAGCUCCACUCCCUAAACCACCUCCAGGAGUUGGGCUUCUGCCAACCCCACCAGAGCAUUGCCCCUUUUCUGAUCCUGAAGAUGAUUUUCAGACAGAUCUCUCUGAUGAUUUCAAGAAAAUACCAUCUCUUUUUGAAAUAGUUGUAAAACCUACUGUGGAUUUAGCACAUAAAAUUGGGAAGAAGCCACCAGCAUUUUAUAAUAGUGCCUCACCACCAGGACCACAGUUUCAGGAAAGCAGCCCAUGUGCACAACAUACGUACAGUUCUGAGUCAAGUCCAGGUCCUGGACCUAAUGUGCCUCAGGGAUGCAGUAGUCCUGAAAUGCACCCAGGUUCCCCUGGACAUCACUCGUGUGUAGGACCUUCUGGUCUACCAGUACAACACAGCCCACCUUUGCCAACUGGCCCACCUGAAAUUGUCCCUCACAGUCAGUCUGGAGGACUUGUUCAGCUGGAUACACCACCAAGUAUGGGUGGAGGUUAUUCUCCAGGCUUCCCAGGACAUGUGAUGAAAGUCCCCAGAGAGAAUCACUGUUCUCCAGGUUCUUCAUACCAGCAAAUGCCUGGUGAAAUACAGCUCAACACCAAUUAUGAGUCCCUGCAAAACCCAUCUGAGUUUUAUAAUGAUUACUACUCACAGCAUGUGGUACAUAAUUUUCAGUCAUCCAGCAACUGUGGUGAUGAGAUAUGGCACGAGGAAUUUGCCCAGCAGCAGCCUCCCAUUGUUCAGGACUCACUUAAUCUUGGGAGUGGGCCUGACACCAGCAGCAGCAUGACAGCCCACUGCCCUUUGUCUGCUGCAGGGCUCCUCCCUGCAGUACAGAGAGCGCUUUUUGUCCGACUGACUCAGAGACACCAAGAUGAUGAAGAGCCUGCUAGCACCCAGCCUCACAGAGCACCUAGCAAAGAAGAAGAUGAUACAGUGAACUGGUAUUCCAGUAGUGAAGAGGAAGAAGGAAGCGGUGUUAAGUCAAUACUGAAGACAUUACAGAAACAAACCAGAACUUUACGGAAUCAGCAACAGCCUUCCACAGAACUCAGCACUCCUACGGAUCCAAGGCUUGCUAAAGAAAAAAGUAAAGGAAAUCAAGUGGUUGAUCCUAGACUUAGGACCAUCCCAAGGCAAGAUGUUAGAAAGCCUUCUGAGUCUGUCCCGGGGGAUCUUAGACUUGCGUGGGAUCCAAGGAAACUAAGAGGAAAUGCAAGUGGACACACAGGCUCUGCAGCUGGUGGAGCCAAGCUUGAUGGACACCAUGCAAAUUCUGGCACAAGUCUCAAACACAGAAAAGGAGAGGAUGAUGAUGAAGACACAGAAAGGGAACUGAGAGAAAAAGCCUUCUUAAUACCUUUUGAUGCUUCCCCUGGUGUAGUGCUCCAGGAUCCAAGGUCGCAGUUAAGACAGUUCAGUCACAUCAAAAUGGACAUUAUCCUAACCAAACCCAACUUUGCAAAACACAUUGUGUGGGCUCCAGAAGACUUACUUCCAGUACCUUUACCUAAACCGGAUCCAGUAUCUUCAAUCAAUUUACCUCUGCCUCCUCUUAUAGCAGACCAGAGGCUCAAUAGGUUAUGGAAUACAAAAAGUGAUCUUCAUCAAAGCACCCUGUCCCUUGAUUCAAAAUUAGCAGCUAAAGCCAAAAUGAAUCCAGCAAACAGAGAAGGCUGUUUAGAACAAUUUGGAGACCUACAUAGUUCAGGAAGUAAAUUAGGAAAUCCAAGGCUUCAGAAAACUUUUGAUCCUAGGCUUCACAGACUGCCUAACACAGAGUCUCAUCAACCAGUUAUGAAGGACUCACAUACAUCAAAGAGUGCCCCUCAUUUAGCGAGACCCAACCCUAGCUCAUCCCAGUCCUCAACAGCAGUGACUAGUAAUGCUAGUCCUGGGGCUCUGCCUCCAUAUGCCCCUAAACUCCCCUCUUCCACUGGCCUUCCACUGGGAACUCCGAGUUCUGUAAUUGGUGGUAUUAGUUUGUAUGACCCUAGGGAGAAGGGUUCAUCAUCUACUGCAGAGCUAGCAACAGUUUCUUUAGGAGAAAAUGUAGAGAACCAGAAACAGAGUGGUGGUUUAAAACAUAGUGACAAAAAUGAACCUUCUCCUGGAGAAUCAAUUCUACCGCAGAAAGCCACUCCAAACUUGGAAGUCCCCCUUGAUGGGCCAGCUGACAUGCAGGCAGAUACACUCAGGAGUGCCAGUAAGGUUCAGGUCCCAGCAGUGCAUAGUCUUCCUAUUCAAGCCUUGGCAGGUUUAAUUAGACCCCCAUAUGGUGAUCCAAGACAGGCAAGGCAGCCAGGGCAGGUAAGCCCAACUCUAGAUAAUGAUCCCAGUAGAGAAACAGACGACAAGUCUCUGAAAGAGGUUUUUAAAACUUUUGAUCCAACAGCUUCACCAUUUUGUUAGCUAUUAUGUAAUCAAGCAGUUCUUUUCCCUCCUGUGACUCGCAAUUCUCUACUGUUUUGUAACAGGUUUACCUCUAUAGUUUAUUUAUUUUUAAAUUAUAAACAUUUUUCAGCUGCUAGUAUCAGAACCACACGAAAUUAUAUCCUCUAAAGCCUGUGGUAUUUUAUAUAAUAUUUUUAUAACUUUAAAAGACUGUAGUAUAGAAACACAUUAUCAUGCUAGCUUCAGUAAAAGUACUUUUAUUGUAAAUAAUUCAUCAUGAAUUCAAUGCUCUGCCUGAAUAUAUGCCAAUUGUCUUUUGUAAUUAAUGUUUAGAUAUAAAUAAUUACCACUUUUAUAUAUUAUUGAUUAGAUUCAAGCAAUAUGAUGAUACACGUUACUUUUGAGAAACAGUAUUUUGACUAGGACCCUAUUUGUCAGCAAAGGACUGAUUAGUAUGUAAUGCCAACCACUAACAUGUAAUGAAAUAAAGAGAACAUUUUUAAUCAUAAUUAGCAGCACAGUUCAUGUUUAAGGGCAUCACUUUUAUUAGUAUUGGCAAUACCAUUUGUGUAAAUGAAGCAUUCAAAUGUCAUAGCUUUUAAAAGUAUUUUAUCGUAUACUGUAUCAUAGACGUUGGAGGUAUAUAAAUAAAAUGUUUUGCUAAAGUGAAAAUUUUCCAAGUCUUCUAGCAUAACUUUUAAAUAUUUUUUUUCAUAUGGAAUAGUAUGAGUUUACUUCUGUGUUAUAUUGUGAUGAUUAUGUAUUUAAGUGUUUUUGUCAUUAGCAGCAUAAUUUAUAUUUUUCAAAUGAUGUAACUGUAAUAACUGAUCAUGACUGGCUAUUUUUAACAAAAAUCAUAAAAUAUCCAGUGAAUCAGUAGUGGUUAUUACAUGGAAAAUGCUUAAAUUCUAGGCCCUAUAUUUUUUCGUACAUAGCAAGAAAACACAGAUGGCAGGUGUAGUUAACUGUAUAAGGUUACAAUAAACAAUCUUCAUGAUCUUA